UUAUUUUUAGAUGCCAAAAUCAAACGAUCAUAACCCGAAUGACAUCAGACAGAUAGGACUGAUCAUAAUGACUCAGAAUGAUUGGAUAGGUGUAAACAAGAAGUGAUCCCCGAAUAAUAAUCUCUACAUCGAUAAUUCAUCGUGAUUAAUCAGUGGAUAUGUUCGGGGUGAAGGACAAGGUAGCGUACAGAAAUGGAAGGAAUUUUGGGGAGAGAAAUGAGAAAAUUGAGACGAGUUUUAUUCGAGAUUUUUGGAGAAAAAUCAAUAUCAAUGAGUGGACCUUCAGUUUAUUUCUCCUCGGUCUGUCCUUGACGAUUGUUGCUGUCAAACUUGUUGUCAUGUAUGGGUUUCUCUUGCCUACGAAAACGUACGUCCUUGUUAAAAACCCUAGUCAGUACCUCCUGGGGCUUGUCCCAGGCUUUGAUAGGGGUGAGGACUUGGGAAAUCACAUGAGAGAGAAUAAAGAUGGUUUUUUCGAGAGUCUCGGUGAAUUAAUAGGAAAAUUUGGAUGGCUUGUCAAAGCAGCUGUCAGUGGAAUCUCAUUAAUGGGUUUCACUUGGUUUAUUGUUUACAAGGACAGCAGGAUACCUGGUGUCAAUCCACCGUCGCCCUUUAGUCCUGGCAAGAGAAAGUUUCAGGACGACCCCCGAAUUCAGAUGAAUUACCUGAUAGGCGUUAUCAAUGGGCUUCUGAUCUUCAUCUACAUGUGCUUCUAAUGAAUGAUCAAUGGGAAUUCAACCGACCAGCAAUUUGGCAUCUGAAUAAUCGAGAGAUAUAUUUUUUUUUUCAACGGAGGGAUAUCUGAUUAAUUUAUUAAUGGGAUAUAUCAUGUUUAAUGAUUUAAAUAGUCAAUAUCCUCGUGGGGUGGAGGGGGGGUCAACCUCGGGCUUUGGGAUAUACACGUUUGCCAGUAUUUAUUUAUUAUUGAAUUGAAAGUAUUAGUUCAUCGCAGAUCUAAAUAUAUUUAUCUAUUUAUUCUGUCUGUCGAGAGUUCAAAGGUCCAUCGACUGAUUAUCUGUUCAUACUCAGGAGAGGAUUCAUCAAUGUUAUUAAUUAUUGUGUCUUUUGUGUCAAUUCUUCGUGGAAUGUAAUUAUUAAUUAAUUACAGGAGAAGAUAUCUACUUAAUGGUAAUGAAGUUCAAUAUUUUGGGAUAUUUCUAC